AUGGCUCUUCUUUUCUUCCACAAUCAUCGGUUUGAGAGCACGGAGUUUGACAAUCUUGGUGCCGAUUGGGUGAUCCACUAUCAGUUCGAAGAAGUCGACUCAUCUCGAGCAAUCGAGGAGUUCCAAAAUUUGAUCCAUGAUCUCAAAGCAGCACAACUCCAAAUCCAAGUCAGACAUGGUUAUGGCUCUUCGUUGCUGGUCUGCAUCCGGGUUCCCCGGGACUACUUGGGACAUAUGAUUUACGAGUCGAGAGUAAAAGACUGGUUGUAUGGAAUCGUCCAUGAACUCCCUGUUGCAAGCGAUUACGCCGAGGCCGAAACACCCGCUGAAGAACUCCGAUCGGUCUACCAUGCUGUAACCUGGCAGAGACACCUGGGUGGUGCUGGCAUCACCCCAAGGAUAGGAAAAUGGAAGAACAUUGCGUCUGCGUUUCCGCUUCAUGAUCAGGCUGCUAAUGCCGAGCUGUUGCGUGAUAUGAGUCGAUCGGUGACGCUAACCGACCAGGAUUUGGAUGCGAUUCGUGCCUUGUUUGGCGAGAAGACGGCGUUUUAUUUUGCGUUUAUCCAUUCUUAUUCAUUAUUUCUGGUUGUCCCAGCCGUAUGGGGGUUCGUCUGCUGGUCAUAUUUCGGCCCGUACUCUAUCAACUGCGCAGUGGUGAACUGUCUUUGGUGCAUCGUUUUCGUUGAGUACUGGAAGAUCCGCGAGACAGACUUGAGCCUGCAAUGGAAUGUCAAAGGCGUCGGAGCGCUAAAGGUCAACAGGCCGCAAUAUGUCUGGGAUAAGGAGGUGCAGGACCCUAUCACAGGGGAAACAGUCCGCGUGUUCUCCAUGCGAAAGCAGCUUCUGCGCCAGCUCCUGCUCAUCCCCUUCGCCACGGUUGCCGCUGUAGCGCUCGGCAGCUUAAUUGUCGUCACCUUUGCCCUCGAAGUUUUCAUCUCGGAGGUUUACGUGGGCCCGCUCAAAGGGUAUCUAGAGUUUCUUCCGACCGUGCUGUUUUCUCUCUCGCUGCCGACAAUUACGUCGAAGCUGACGGAGAUUGCCACUCAACUGACGGAGUAUGAGAAUUAUCGCACCCAAGAUCAGUAUGAUCUCGCGCAGACUGCGAAGACAUUCGUGAUGAACUUUAUUACCGCGUUCCUACCUACUCUCUUGACUGCGUUCGUCUACGUACCGUUUGGGGCGAAGAUAAUCCCUUACCUGGACAUCUUUCACGUCAGGAGCCUUCAAUCAUCUAUAUCGACCGAGUUCCAGGUGGACACCUCCCGAUUCCAGCAGGAAGUAAUCUACCUUUCCGUAACGGGCCAAGUCCUAAGUUUCGGCGAGGAGGUCAUCCUCCCGUACGUGAAAAAGGUCCUCUUGAGAAAAUGGCGUGACUACCGCCUCCAGAAAACGCAAUCCGGCCGCCCACGCCGACACUCCAAAAUGACCGACCUUCUUCUUAUCGAUUCACCCUCAGAGGCAGCAUUCCUCACACGGGUCCGCAACGAAGCCGAAGCAGACGAGUACAACGUCCAUGAAGACACGCUCGAGAUGUGCGUGCAGUACGGGUAUCUCGCCCUCUUUGGCACCGCCUGGCCGCUCGUCCCGCUGCUUUUCCUCAUCAACAACUGGCUCGAGCUACGCGGCGACUUCUUCAAGCUCACCCUCGAAUGCCAGCGGCCGCCGCCAAUCCGUGCGGACUCCAUCGGCCCGUCCCUCCAGGGCCUGGAGUUCCUGACAUGGCUCGGCACCCUCUCGACGGCAAGUAUCGUCUAUCUCUACCGCGACGGUAUGAAGGAGGUCCACAUGUCCUCGCUGCUGCUAGUACUGUUCAUUGCUCAACAGGUAUACCUUGCGGCUCGCUUUGUCGUACGCACGGGACUCCAGAAGCUCGGCUCGGGGACGCUCCGCCGUGAAGCUGCCAAGCGCUACGCCGUGCGCAAGUCUUACCUGGAGAGGUUCUGUGCCAGGAGAACACAUGGGAAUGGGAAGCCGCGGGUGCGGUUUAAUGACCAUGUGGAUGUGUACAGCUCCUCGACGGACUCGUCCCCGACGGACGCGGUAGAAACCAAGUCGGCAAUGCUCCAUAAGGUGACAGCGUAUGCCAGUGAACGGGAGGCGGAAUUCUGGGAAGGACAGCGCUGGACAGCGGAGGAGGUGGGUGUGAAGUUGAUUAAAGCGUUGAGUGGAGAGGAGAAGAAGAGAGAGUAG